AUUUACAUCAGUAUAUAAUUUUAUGAAAGUUUUUUAUAAAGAACUUUAUAUUAAAACGUUAUGAUAUAAUCAUUGAAUGAAUAGAUCCAAUGACGCGAUCAAUGCGUUCGUGACUUUCUAUUGGUUUUAUUGGCAUUUUAUAUAUACUGUGAACCGAAAAAAUUGUGGGAAACGAAAAGUUUUGUUCAAACAUUACACUCCUUCUGGACCUCAAGAGUUAUAGUGAUUAUUGUGGCGGUGAAUGGCGUUCACGAAGAAGUUAGUGGUUGUGGGCGACGGUGGCUGUGGUAAGACAUCGCUGUUGAUCGCCUACUGUCAGAAUCUGUUCACCGAAGAAUACACGCCAACUGUUUUCGACAAUUAUGUGGCAAACAUUGAUAUCGACGGCAAAGUGAAGAGUCUCAUUUUGUAUUCAUUUCAAUCCAUCGUUUAUAGUCUACUG